AUGUCUCGACGGAUAAAUUGCGAAGUCCGACACAUGGAUCAGGCGGCUCCGCACUCAAAGAUCGUCGCGGUGUUGUUCUUGUCUCGUACAACAGUCACUUCGUGUAGAAGCAAAAGUGCAUCCAGCUCAAGGUCUGCAGAUACAGCAGCAGAUCGAGCGAGGCAAGAGACCGGCCUACAGUAUACGUCGCGAGUGCCCGGCUAUCUCAACCCUCUCACGCUUCGAAGAUGGACAUACCACGCCGCCACGCCCGUAGCAGGGUACUCCAUCAUCGGCACAUUCGGCGCGGUCGUCAGUCAAACCAUCGUCAUCGGCAUGUCCAACGUGGCUGGCGCAACGAAGAAAAGCGCCAUGGCCGCAGCUAUCUUUGUGGCGUAUUGUGUGGGCAAUAUCGUUGGGCCGCAGCUUAUCAAAAGUCAGACUAAGGCCCAGCAUUACCCGGAACUGUAGUCCAGGCUGAUUAUCUGCUAUUGUAUUACGACUGUGGCCGCAGUGGCGCUGUGUGUGUUGCUGUCGAGGGAGAAAAAGAAGAGAGAGGGUCUGCCGGUCGAUGAGGAUAAGAGAUAAGGUAGCGUUCAUGGACUUGACGAAUAAGGAGAGUAGGUACUUUAGGUACGUGUUGUAAGGUGGACUAAGAGUGUUAAGAGAUGGAAUGAGCGUGUCCUCGGAAAGACUUUGAUGAUCAUGUGUAUGUACAGUGGUUGGGGUGUAUGGAUAGGGUAGCUUGAGAAUGUUGGAGCGAUAUGCGCGUGGGCAGGACUGAUAUACGAGCCUGGAGUGGGUCGGGGCUACAACGAGGUGUUCUAUGACUGGUGAAGAGUUGUUGCUACCCGUUGGCUGAAUUGCGUGAAUCUAGCCUUACAUUCUACCUAGUGUUGAUGCCCGUAGCAUAAGAGAGGUAGAGUGAACUGCCAAGAAUACAAGUUACUUUACCGACAU